GUGUUUCUCUUCUUUCAUGGUUUGUGCAGUUACAUUUGACCCAUGAAAAUAAAGACUUCCUUAUGAUAUAGUAUCGCUGUGCUUACUGCUCUUCUUAAGUGAAGCAUUUGUGUUGCCGGUGACGAAUCUAGCGGAGUGGAGAAACUGACGGUGUGUUUAUUUUCCAGAGUGCGGUGAGGCAGGGGAACCGACUGCACAUGAAUGUGUACGAAACUCGAGGCCAGCCGACGAGGGUUGCCACCACCAAGGCCAGCGGAGCAGAACCCAAGAGGGGCUUCAGGCCCCCACAGCACUGCCCUUCACUUGCUCAGGUGGUCAGUCGCAAGGUCCAGGCUGCAGUGCCAGAACAGGGCAUGGUGAUCAUGAAAGAAGUAAAAGGGACCAAAGAAGAAGACAAGACUCCUCCAGCCUGGUUCACCUCCUACAUGGAGAAGUUCAAGGACCAGGUAGUUCGUGAGGCAGUGGAAAAGAUCUGUCGGGAGUUUUCAGGACAAUGCUGCAUCCACAAACCCCUGGGAGGGGGAGGAGGAGCAGCAGGAGGAGCUGGUGGAGCUGGUGGAGGUAGAGUGGAAGCUGUAGGAGGAGCAGAGACCCAGCAGGUCCCCGAGGUGUCCUCUUCCACUCUGCCUGGAGCUCCGUCCUCCUCAACUCCUCCCUGCUCGUCCUGCAGGGGGCAGACUACUGGAGGAGGCUAUCAGUGCAGGUAUGUGUUGUUGAGUAAGUUCAGUCUUUGGAUUCUGCUUGUUGAUUUAUCUUUGUUGGUGAAAGACGCUGUCCCGGUGUGGCAGUAGGCCUGGGUUUAACUCUAACACUUGUCAGUGUACAAAUGAAUAAGCUGCAAGACGUUGUUACCAAGCAGAGCAGGGCGAUAUGCCCCAAAAUAUUUAUCACGAUAUGCAUUUGAACAUUUGUGAUAACGAUAUAAUUGACACGAGACAACAUGC